AUGUUCGAAAAGUCGCUCACGACGCUCAUCAAGGGGCUGCGCUCGCACCGCGGCAAGGAUGAGGCGAAGUACAUUGCCAGUAUGCUGGACGAAAUCCGCACCGAGGUGAAAAGCGCCGACAUGGACGUCAAGGCGGAAGCAGUGCUCAAGCUCGCCUACCUCCGCAUGCUCGGCUACGAGGUAAAGAGCGCGUCGUUUAGCAUGCUCGAGGCGAUGGCCUCGUCCAAGUACCAUGUGAAGCAUAUCGGCUACCUCGCCGCGGCAUUGUGCUUCUCGGAAGACACAGAAGUGCUGAUUCUCGCGACCAAUUUGAUCAAAAAGGACCUGCAUUCGGCCGCUCCACUCGACGUGCUCGCGGCGCUGAAUGGUCUCUCGCAUGUCAUUACACAGGAACUCGCUCAGCACCUCUCGGAAGACAUCGCCGUGAUGCUCACCCACUCCCGGGCGCGCGUCCGCAAGCGCGCCGUGCUCGUGCUCUACUCGGCGAUCGUCAAGUACCCGCAAAUUUUGGACCGCACCUGGGAGCGCAUGCGUGAUCUCUUGUGCGACCCCGACCAGGGCGUCGUCACCGCGACCGUGAACGCCGUGUGCGAAUUGGCCCGCAGGAACCCGGCGCCGUUUGUCCCGCUGUCGCCGCAGCUUUUCGAGAUCCUGACGAACACGAGCAACAACUGGCUCCUGAUCAAGGUCGUGAAGCUAUUUGGCGCGCUCGCGCGCGUCGAGCCGCGCCUCGUCCGCAAGCUCCUGCGGCCAAUCUCGGAGAUCAUCUCGACGACGCCGGCGAUGAGCGUCUUGUACGAGUGCAUCCACACGGCGAUUAUAGGAGGCAUGCUCGAGGGGGCGGGCAGCGAGGACCUCGCGCUGCGUUGCGUCGACAACCUCGGCCGCUUUCUGGAGGACUCGGACCAGAACCUCAAGUACAUUGCGCUGCUCGCGCUCGCCAAGCUCGUGCCGACGCAUCCGGGGCUCGUCGCGCAGCACCAGGACACGAUCCUCGCAUGCAUUCGGCACCCAGACAUGACAAUCCGCUUGCGUGCGCUCGACCUCGUGUGCCAGCUGUCGUCGCGCGCGUCGCUGCGUACCAUCCUCGAUACGUUUGUCCAGUUCCUUGAAGAGAUGGACGCUGUGGCCGUCGCGCGCGAUGCAAGCAGUGCGCUGCAGUCGGCACUCGAUACAAACGAGGCCGUGGAUACCGCGCCCGAGACGCUGCCCACGAUAGACACCGACGAAAUGGCCGGUUUCCGCGUGCAAGUCGCCGAAUGCAUCCUCGACCUGGGCAGUGCGCACGAGUACGGGCAUGUAACCGACGUCGCAUGGUACCUCGCGACGCUCCAGCGCCUGAUUCGCACUGUGGACGUGAGCAUCGCGCAGAGCGUCGCCGACCAAAUGAUCGAUAUCGUAUGGCGCUUUGCGUCGCUUCGGCCCGAAGCAUGCCGCCACUUUCAGCAUGUGCUGCUGCAAAACGACGAGGAACUCUUUGACCGUGCAUGCCCGACGCACGAGCUGCUGCGCACCGGCGCUUGGAUCUGCAGCGAAUACCCCGACUACCUCGACGCGCCCCAACAGCUCGCACGCAUCCUGAUGCAGGACACACUCCGUGAGCUCCCGGCCAACACCGUGGCGGUGGUCAUACAGAGUACUAUGAAACUCUACGCCCACUAUGCAGCCUCCUUGUCUGAAGUGUGGGAUGCGGAAAAGCGAGACGAACUCGAGGCGCUGACCGACCACCUUGUCGCGCAGCUCGAGCCGCUCGUACACCACCAGGACUCGGACGUGCACGAGCGUGCGCAAGAGUCGCUCCAGCUCUUUACGCUGUUGAAGAACGAUCUCGCGAAGGAGGGGCCGGCGCCCGCGGCACCCGCAGCGGCGCCCGAAGUCGAGGCAAACUCGUGGGACGACGAAGCGGCCACCAAGCAGGGCCGCGAAGGGCCGCGUGCAUUGCACCUCCUCGAGCCGCUGUAUUAUAUGCGCGAGGACGACGAAGAUGCACUCGCGACGCUCCCUGCCUCGUUCGACUUGCACGCAUGGAUCAUGCCGGAGGACGCGUGGAAGCCCAUCCUGGACCUCGUCGAGCCGGCGCCGAAGCUCAAAGUGCCGAAAGCCGUGCCCGAGUCCAUGCCGCGGUACGAGCCUGAAGAGGCGGCGCGCGCACCAAAGAAGGCAGCUUCUAAGCGCACUAAAGUGAAAAAAACCGCACGCACCAAGACGCCUGCCCCUGCCGCCGAAGACGACGACCUCAAGGGCAUCCCCAUCGUCCAGCUCGACCUGUCGGACCUGAUGCAGAAGCCGGCUGCGGCCGCACCCAGCUCGUCGUCCGCCUCGUCACCCGCGCCAUCGGAUACCCAGGCUGCGCAUUCUGCCGUACAGCCCAAGAUGGUGACGCGCAAGAAGAAAACACUGCACGGCAAUACCGGUGAUAUCAAAAAGACGAUUUCGAUCGCUAUCUUGCUCUGCGGAAACCCUUCGCAGUCCACGGUGGACAAGUUUGGGUCGUAUGACAACAUGUUCCGCCACGUUUUCACCGAAGCGCUGGCCACGGUCCCCCGCCAUGAGUGGCACCCCAAGAUUUCGCUCUACAUUCGUUCGUUCAACGUGACGCUCGGCGAGUUCCCCGACGUGAGCCAGCUGGACGACGGUCUGUGGGACGCGGUCGUCGUGACAGGAACGCCCGACUCCUGUACGAACGAGACUGUGCUCUGGAUGGAUGUGCUGCGCAAAUACCUGGUGCACCUAGUCACGGUACACCCCCUGAUCCGUGUGAUUGGCAUCUGCUUUGGCCAUCAAAUCGUGGCCCAAGCUUUUGGAGGAAAGGUGGUGCAGGACAAGGCAAAUGCAGAGUUCGGCGUCGUUCCCAUUUCGCUGACGUCCGAGGGGACCGAACUACUGAGUCCGUUUGACGACCGUACGACGUGGCGCUUGGAGCAGCUGCAUGAAGAUUCCGUCAGCGAGGUUCCCCCGCCGCUGGACGGAGACGCAUGGGCAGUCCUAGGCUCUACGGAGAAAGUGCCGGUGCAGGGUCUGGCCCUGCGCUACCCUACUGAGGCGCCUCCCCUCCCGUCCUCGGCAAAAACCUCGUCCUACAUUGCAUUUGAUGUCGACGACAGUGCCACGAGCGCCUCGGGACCUUUGCCCAUCCGGAGUGUCCAUGUGCUGACCUUGCAAGGGCACCCUGAAUUCAACGUGGCGGUGACUGAAAAUGAAUUAAAGGCACUGCACGACGCCAAAAAGCUGGACGAGUCUAUUUUCGAUAGCGCCAUUCAGCGUGCGUCGGAUGAGCAAGACGGUCUCGAGACCGCCCGCAUGAUGCUUGCCAUGCUCGGCAUGGAGCCGGCAACCGCCGUUGAGGGCUUUGAAAUGUAA